AUGGUCGAAUCAGGGUUAAGCGCCUCGCCUAAAGCAGAGCAUACCUAUACUCUUGACCUUGCAGGACGGGAACUGACUUUGCCAAUCGUGCCCAUCUCUGAGAGCCUCGCCAUUUCUCUCUUCAUGAUAAUAGACCAUCCCCUGUCAGUUCUAUCGCACACAGGUCAAGCGCUGGCAUCCUUGUUACGUCCCCUAGACCCAGAGGUCAUCGUGGCACCCGCUACCCUGGGCAUACCCCUAGCCAUCGAGGUAUCUCGUGCUCUAGGGCUGGAGCGAUAUGUGAUCCUGCAGAAAUCGCCCAAGAUCCAUCUAGCCGAUGCACUGUCUGUCUCCAUUACUAGCAUAACUUCCAAGGGGCCCCAGAGGUUCUUAUUGGACCGGGCAGCUGUCCCAAUACUGAAAGGCAAGAGGGCUUGCGUGGUCGACGACGUCGUGGCAAGUGGAAACAGCCUGAAAGGUGCACUGGAGUUGGUGCGCAAGGCAGGGGCUGACAUGGUCGGUGUCGGUGUGGUUUUGACCGAAGGAUGGGAGUGGAAGGCCUGCCUUGCGAAGGACGCAAACUUGAUCAAAGGCGUGGGGCAUAUCCCACAGUUUCAUUUGCAAAAUGGGACGUGGGUGGCUAUAAAUGAAACUCUGUGA